CUCUGAAAAAAUGAACUCUCCACGACUUUUGAGCAUUGUGGGACGCAAUGUCAUGCAGCAGCGAUCCAUUUCCGUUGUUCCCGGACCCGCACGUGUGAAAAUUUCCAAGGCAGAAAAUUUCAUCCUAACUACAAUCCUCAUGACGAGUCUGGCCGCUGGACCCCUCUGGAUUCUAGCUCACAUGAGGGAAUACCGAGGAGCUAAUAAGUAGGAUGUUUCCGGGAAGGAUUAGUAACUAUUUUGGGAAAAUUCGCCACUUUGCAGAAGAUUUCUAAUGAGUUUCUCACUGGUAAUCGCUGUAAAUGGUGGAAAAUAAUAAAAAGGAUGUAACUGUGUAAGGAAAAUUGCUGCAUUGGCGUGAAAAUUCAAUGAAAUCUGGAAUCUCUUUCCCCACAGAGCUUUCGUUGGUGGGUUUCCGCAUUGACAAUUGGCAUUUGAGACGUUUCCAUGUUGACGUCUUGUGUUUUGAAAUUCGCAUGAGUCUCUGAAAAACUCGAAUUUUGCACAGAUUGAGAAUGAUUUUCCGCGGAUUGCCAGUGCCAGUGAAGAAUACAGAUGAAUUGCGAGUGUUGUGCGCGAAGUUUAGUGCCGUGGGAGUGAAUUAACGCGCCAAGGAGGACGCCUUAGAAGGAAGGCGAGCUAAUUGGGCAAACACACUCACGGAGAUAUUUCCACAGCGCGAUCCAGCGAGCAGCAUCUCGACAGAGCUUUGUGCAGAUCUCCCGCCAAAAAAUCAGAGUCGCUGCUGGAGAGGGGCUCGGAGGAGGAGGCCGGAAGGGCAGGUGAUGCUGAGCUCAGUAGUGUGGAAUUCCUGACUGGAGAAGCACUCGCAGCAAGACAGGCUCUGAUCCCUGAUCGCACAAAGAAAAUUGAAAAGCAUUUUGAAGAGUGACUUAGUGUUCCAGCUGGCCUGAGAAGUCCGCAUUCUGCAGAGAGAGAAAGAGAGUCAAUCAUGAGCACAGCUCCUUAUCGUGUGGUGUUUGUUCGUCACGGCGAGAGUGAGUGGAACAGCCUGAAUCUCUUCUGUGGCUGGCAUGAUGCUGAGCUCAGUGAUAAAGGGAAAUGGGAUGCUGUCCACAUUUCUGCUGGCGCUCUCAAGCGAGCCAAUUUCACCUUCGACGUUGCCUUCACGUCCGCCCUCACGAGAGCCAAUCAGACGCUGGAGUUGAUCCUCAGCGAGAUCAUGUGCACUGGCGUUCCCGUUCACCAGGCGUGGAGGCUGAAUGAGAGGCACUACGGCGGACUGACGGGGUUCAACAAGCGCCAAAUGGCGGACGUUUAUGGGGAGGAGCAGGUGCAAGUGUGGCGCAGGAGCUUCGAUAUUCCACCGCCCAGGAUCACAUGCCUCAAUCCCUACUACAACGCCAUCAGGAGCAACAGCAAGUUCCGCAAGAUACCCACAAAUGACUUCCCGGACACUGAGACUCUCAAAUCCACCAUGACGAGGGUCAUUCCUUACUGGGAGGACUCAAUCAUUCCCGAAGUGCGUCAAGGGAAGCGAGUACUGAUCGUGGCUCACGGAACAAGCCUCCGUGGCCUGGUGAAACAUAUUGAAUCUCUCACCGAGAGUGAAAUCAUGAAGUUCAACUUGCCCAAUAGCAUCCCAUUCUACUACGAUCUCGACGAAACCAUGAAGCCGGUGGGGAAGAUAAAAUUCCUCGCUGACGAUAAGACCGUCCUCAGUGCGAUGGACAAAGUGGCGUCCAUCGACAGCAAAUAACGCGCUAUUUACGUACAUCACCUGCAUGAAUUCACUAUUAUUAUUCAGGUACUAAUUGUAAGGAAGGCUGCAGCCAGUACAAAUCUAUAUACUAACAAAUACUUCUUCCUUCUUCGGAUGUUUACAAUGGUGUUUAAGACAUUAUUUGAUAAAUAAACUUUAAGUGUCG